AUGCCUGAGCAACUGCGGGCCCCACCACCACAUCCGGGCCGGCCUCAGAAAACCAGCCCAGUCCUCCAAGCCCACAUACUCUGUCGUUUGGCCCAUCUGCCUGAGGGACAUGGGAACCGAGAUGACCCCUAUAACGAGCCAGGAGCCUUCACGGGCCGAAACCCCAGUUCGGGCCUUGAGCCCGGUCUCACCGGGCCAUCGACCCAGGUGAGGCCGUGUCCAAAUGCCAGGCCCAUGAACCAGAGGAUACACGAACAAUCGAGUCAAGAUGGUGCCGGGUUGAAAAAGAUCAUGAGCCCGAUGGAAAUCGAGGCUAUGGCUUGGGAGGAAGCCGAGCGGGCUAAAUACACUGCAAGGUUUAAGCGGGACGAGGUGAAGAUUCAAGCUUGGGAGAAUCAUCAGAAAAGGAAAGGCGAGUUGGAGAAUCGAAAAGUCGAGGUCAAGGCAGAGAGGCUGAAGUCCCGAGCGCACGAGAAGUACAACAACAAACUAGCAGCUAGUCGGAGGAUAGCCGAUGAAAAACUAGCAAAUGCAGAGGCUGAACUUCAAGAAAAGGCUAUCAAGACCUCUGAGAAAGCAGAUUAUAUAAGAAGAUAUGGCUAUCUUCCAUCUUUUUUCUCCUUCAAGCUAUUGCCUUCUUUCUGCUGGUAG